GGUGCUGAAAUCACGUGACUCGACCAGUUUGAUAUGCGCACUGAAUAACAGCUUCGUUUAUGGAAACUUGGAAGCUUGUUUAAAAAGAAAGCCAAAUCAGUGAUUUCAAACCAAAUCCGUUUUGGUUGUAGAAUAUCCAUUAGAGAAUAGAGUGAAUGAAACCUGACUGAUGGAGGCUGAUGAAAUAAGCGGCAUCGAACAUUUCCUGGUGAUAAAGAUGGAGCAGCAUGAAAACAAUCAGACCCCAGAGACUCCAGAUGCGCAGACGAAAACCUGCCCGUCCUUACCUAUACAAGAUUGCAAGAACAAAAGGCCGUAUCUUAAAGAACAGAAAGAAGAUUCUGUCACAUGUCAUCAGUAUGAGAUGCAAGCAAACCUUAAGCAGCACAUGAGCAUUCACACGGAAGAGAAGCCGUUCAUCUGCCCUCAGUGUGGAAUGAGUUUCAUAUUUAAACAAAGCCUUGAGAGACACAUCAGAAUUCACACUGGGGAGAAGCCUUUUACCUGCUCCGAGUGUGGGAUAAGCUUCAUAGAGAAACAAAAGCUUAACAUUCAUAUGAGAAUUCACACUGGGGAGAAACCAUUCACCUGUUCAGAUUGUGGAAAGAGUUUUACAGUGAACAGGAGCCUUAAGAGACACGUGAGAAUUCACACUGCAGAGAAACCAUUCACCUGCACCCAAUGUGGAAAGAGCUUCAUGGAAAAAGGACACCUUGAAAGUCACAUGGGAAUUCACACUGGAGAGAAACCUUUCACCUGCUCUGAGUGUGGAAGGAGUUUCACAGUGAACAGAAACCUUAAGAGACACAUGAGCAUUCACAUGGAAGAAAAGCCUUUCACCUGCCCUCAGUGUGGAAAGAGCUUCACAGAACAAGAGCACCUUAAAAGUCACAUAACCAUUCACACUGGAGAGAAAUCUUUCGCCUGCUCCGAGUGUGGAAAGAGUUUCCCAGUGAAACAAGGCCUUAAGAGACACGUGAGAAUUCACAUUGGAGAGAAGAAUUUCACAUGCUCUGAGUGUGGAAAAAGUUUCAUGCAGCAAGGACACCUUCAAAACCACAUGAGAAUUCACACUGGAGAGAAGCCUUUCAUCUGCUCUGCGUGUGGAAAGAGGUUCACAAUGAACAUUACCCUUGAGAGGCACAUGAAAAUUCACACUGGAGAGAAACCUUUUGCCUGCCCUUAUUGUAUGAUGAGUUUCACAGUGAAACAAGGCCUUGAGAGACACACGAGAAUUCACACUGGAGAGAAACCUUUCAUCUGCUCUGAAUGUGGAAGGAGUUUCACAGUGAAACAAAGCCUUAAAAGUCACAUGAGAAUUCACACUGGAGAGAGACCUUCCGACAGAGUGGAGAAAUCUCCUCUACCACCACCUGUGUGCAGCAUCCCUCCAAAUGAUGCAAAGUCAGUCAUAGCGUACCAGGACACCCACCAGCUAUUGGAGGAAUGUGAUUAGUCAAUCUAUUUAAAUUAUUGGAAUGGCCAGGACUGAUAAGAGACCACUAGAUGCCAGUAAACACAAGGUAAAUAGAAGAAUUUGAUACAAUGAAAGUGUUGUAACCGAAGCCAUCACUGCAAUUUAGUAAUUUGUGUGUUUUUCAAUUUACAUACAUUUCACAGACUUAUUUACCAAUAUCCCUAAACUAUAUAGACUACACCCCUACUAGGCUAAACCCCCUCAACUACCUACUAAACUGCUGGAAAGGGGACCUAUUAUACAAAAUUCACUUU